CGAAUGAGCAGCGGUGCAGGUCACGUGGCUUAAAGUUGGUUGUUGGAAUUUGAUCGCAGCUGAAAUGUGAUACGAAUAAAGAAAAACUUGUAGAUGAACCUGUUUCAGAUUUAUACAGUUUCUGCUACACACAUGAACCUUGACAGUGUCUAAACAUGUAUUCUGUUGGUUAUAUUUUGUCUGCGACCGUGAUUGGGUGUUUUCAUUUAUGGCUCGCGUUAUUUGUUUAUAAAGAUUACCUUAUCAAAACAUUAUUGAACGAUUUAAUUCCAUCAGAGUUUGAUUAUAUAGUUGUUGGUGCUGGAACUGCAGGUUCUAUUGUUGCUGCUCGUUUGGCACAAGAUCCUAACGUACGAGUACUACUGAUCGAAGCAGGUGGAUACCCGCCUCCGUUUCUAGAUGUUCCUCUUAUUGCACCUCUUUUGCAGCUUUCGGGCUAUGAUUGGCAGUACAGAACGGUCCGACAGGAGAAAGCAUGCAAAGGUCUCAACCAAAAGUCAAGCAAUUGGCCAAUGGGAAAAGUUGUAGGAGGAUCUGGUGCACUCAAUUAUGCCAUGUAUAUUCGUGGGCAUAAGAAGGAUUAUGAUUAUUGGGGAGACAGAGGUAAUGAUGGAUGGCAUUACAAUGAUGUGCUGCCAUAUUUUAGAAGAGCUGAAGAGCAACGUGGGAUAAACAUAAAAGAUUCUCAGUAUCAUUCCAUAUUUGGUCGCUUACCUGUAGAGGAUCUUAAAUUUGCCAGUACCUUUGCAAAAGCAUUUCUGGAAGCUGGAAAAGAACUGGGUUAUUUAGUAAGAGAUCUCAACCAGGAAGAAGCUACAGGUUUUAUGCUGACACAAACAACUACUGACCAUGGAAGGAAAUGCAGUACAGCCAGAGCAUACAUCAGUCAGUGUCCUCGAAACCUACAAGUCAUCACAAAUGCCAUUGCAACAAAGAUAUUAUUCAGAAUGAAAUAUGAAGCAAAUGCAGUCAAAUAUGUGCAGUCUAAACAGAACUUCACUGUGAAGGCUCGCAGAGGAAUUGUUUUAUCUGCUGGAACUAUCGGCUCUGCAAAACUUUUAAUGUUAUCGGGAAUAGGACCAAAGAAACACUUGGAAGAAAAUAUGAUUGAUGUUUUGCAAGAUCUUCCAGUUGGGCACAACCUUCAAGAUCAUAUAGCAACAGCUCCUGAUCUGCUUGUACUAAAUACAUCAUUAUUGCUUUCUCCACUUGACAUUGUUUCACCAUCAGCAGCUUGGGCAUAUUUUAUUAAUGGAAAAGGCCCAUUAUCAACACCUGGAUGUGAAGCACUUGCUUUGCUACAAACAAGGGCUUUAGGCUCUACAACUGCCUGGCCAGACAUUCAGCUGAUGGCAAUGCCAAUGGGUGUUUCUAGUGACGGGGGCAUUCAUAUGAAGAGAGCGCUAAAUAUCAAUGACACGUUGUGGACAGAGUAUUUCUCACAGCUUCAAGGGCAACAAGUAGCAAGUAUAAUGCCAGUACUUUUGCAUCCAAAAAGCAUGGGAAAUGUUCAUCUUAAAAGCAGAAACCCUCUGGAUCCACCAGCAAUCAAUCCACAGUAUCUCUCUAGUCCAGAUGACAUAAAGGUUCUUUAUGAAGGUAUCAGAAUAGUGCAGAGGUUAAUAAAUACAACACCUAUGCAAAACCUGGGUGUUAAAAUGUACAGAAAACCCUUACCAGCUUGUAGCAUGUUUGAAUUUGACAGUGAAGCAUAUUGGUAUUGCUAUAUUGAACAUAUUACUCUCACAUCCUACCAUCCUGUUGGCACAUGUCGUAUGGGGCGACCAACAGAUUCAAGUUCUGUUGUCAGUGCUCAGCUAAGAGUCCACAACACCAAUCAUUUGUAUGUGAUUGAUGCCUCUGUCAUGCCAAGUCUUCCGAGUGGCAACAUAAAUGCAGCAGUCACAAUGAUAGCUGAAAAGGGUUCCGACAUUGUUAAAAAUUAUGCAUACCAUGAAAUUGCAAAGAGCAAUAGAAUUGAUAUCUUUAUCCCACAGAAAUCCACAGAUUGUAUUUUCAGAGUAAAGUGAUAUAAAUUGUUACAUUCUUUCUAUUCAUAUAAAAAUGAUAGUAGAACCAAUAUCUGUGCUCUAUGAAUCAUUAUGAAAUGUAGAAUGCAGCUUCAGUAUUAACUAUCAUAUGUACAAAUUAUUUUAUUCAUUCACUCACUUAUUCAUCGCUGACUUCACUAUUGUUUUUGACCUAAUAUUUUUUAAAGGAUAUUUUGAAUUAGUGCA